CUGCUUUGUCUCCCCCUCACAGGUGAGGACACUGACGCCUGAGAGAGGACAAAUAACCACUUCCAGGAGGAGCCAGGAUUCGGGCCCGGGGCCCUCGGACUCCAGAGGCCCCGCUGCACUGGCUCUCAUGCAGUCCCCUCCACCAGGGCUGGAGCUCUGCGCUCUCGGGGUAGAGCCCUUCGAAUGAGGAGCCAGGCAGAGGCGGCAAUGGGCAUUGACCUUCUUACAGUCAUGCCCCCGGACGCAGUGACUUUCCCAGAUGUGGCCAUAGACUUCUCCCAGGAUGAGUGGGAGUGCCUGAAUCUUUCUCAGAGGAUUCUGUACAGGAAGGUGAUGUUGGAGAACUACAGGACCCUGGUUUCCGUGGGUCUUUGCGUGUCUAAGCCAGACGUGAUCUCCUUGUUGGAGCAGGGUGAAGAGCCCUGGGUGACGGAUGGCAAGAUGGCAGGAGGCCUGUGCCCCCGUAAGUACAGGAUUGCUAGCACUGGGGAAGCUAUUCUCACGAUGUUUCUUCUCUCUAAGACUUGUUGGACAACAACUCUAAAAGCCCCUCCCAAAUGGAAACAUCUU